CCCUUUUAUGCCGCUGACAAAUUCUUCUCUGCCCAUCUCAUUAAUUUCUUGUACAUAGCUACUUGAUCAACUUAUAUAUUCUCCUUUCUUUCUCUUUCUCUUCCAAGUUUCUCCUCCAACUUCUCAACCAUAUACACAAUUUACUAUAUAGUUUUUCAUUAGAACAUUUCCAAUGGGGAGAUCACCAUGUUGUGAAAAGGUUGGUUUAAAGAAAGGGCCAUGGACAUCUGAGGAAGAUCAAAAGCUCUUAUCAUACAUUGAAGAACAUGGUCAUGGAAGCUGGCGUUCUUUGCCUACAAAAGCUGGACUUGAGAGGUGUGGCAAGAGCUGCAGACUAAGAUGGACUAAUUAUCUAAGGCCGGAUAUUAAGAGGGGAAAGUUUAGUGUGCAAGAAGAACAAACCAUUAUUCAACUUCAUGCAUUUUUAGGCAACAGGUGGUCAUCAAUAGCCACACGUUUGCCCAAGAGAACAGAUAAUGAAAUCAAGAACUAUUGGAACACACAUCUUAAGAAAAGAUUAACCAAAAUGGGAAUUGAUCCUGUUACACACAAGCCAAAAAAUGAAACCCUUUUGCCUGAAAAUCAUUCCAAGAAUGUUGCAAAUCUUAGCCACAAGGCUCAAUGGGAGAGUGCAAGACUUGAAGCUGAAGCAAGAUUGGUUAGAGAAUCAAAGUUACGUUCGCAGUUGCAACAUCAAUUUGGAAGUAAUACUUCUGUUUUUCCGUCGCAAUCUUCGUCAUCAUCUUCAAAUCAAGUACUAAAUAUUAAAGAAGAAGGUGAGAAAGAGUGGAAAGGUUAUGAAGAUUCAACACAUUUGUUAGAAUUCAAAGAUUUGAUGGAGAAUUCAUCAAUGGCUUUUAGUUCUACAUUGCAACAUGAGAUGACAAUGAUCAAUGUUGCUGAGGAGGGUUUCACUAAUCUCUUGCUUGAUAAUUCUAACUCCGGUGACCUGAGCUUGUCACCGGAGAGCGGUGGAGAAUGUAAUACUUGUGAUGGAAGUGGUAGCGGCGGUGGAAGUGAUUUCAAUGAAGAUAACAAGAACUAUUGGAACAACAUUCUUAAUUUAGUUAAUUCUUCGCCUUCUGAUUCGUCAAUGUUCUAAUAAUUAGAAAAAGUUGAAUUAUCGAUAAAAAUUAGUGAUGAAAAACAAAAAGUUUGUCUCUAAUUUUUGUGUCGUGCUAAACGAUGACAAUAUUAGAGUCUAAAAUAUUUUUUCGUCUCUAAUUUUCGUUGAUAAUUCAACUUUUUUAGUGUUGAUUAGUUGAUCAAAUUGAGUUUGUUUAUGAAAUGUGAAUUUUAGAAUGCUUCUCAAACCAAUCAAAAGCUAUUGGUUUUUCUGUUAAAAAACAGGUCUUUGUUGGUUGAGUGCUUGGUCAAAUAUUGAUAUGAAAUUGUUUUUAAUUUGACUCGUUUCUAUAGACAAGUUGGUGGCAAGACUCAAGUGUGUGACAUUUUACUUGUUGGUAAAUUUCCUAUGUUCAAACUCUAUAAAAGAUCUAAUAAUAGAAGUAUUUAGUAUGGA